UUAUCAGGUCAGUCUUUAUCUGCAAUCUAGCACUGAUUUAGAUCUUUCAUUUUUUGGACAUUGAAGCCUACUUCAUUUGAUCAUGACAAGCUACACAGACAAAGGAGAGAAGCACAAACAGGGAAGGUUUCUGAGGUUUCAUCAUAUCACCUUUUGGGUUGGCAAUGCUAAACAGGCAGCCUCGUUCUACUGUGAUAAAAUGGGAUUUGAACCUUUGGCCUACAAAGGCCUGGAGACUGGGAACCGAGAUGUGGCUGGACACGUGAUCAGACAGGACAAGAUCAUAGUAGUAUUUGAAUCUGCACUUAAUCCUGGGAAUAAAGAAAUGGGUGACCAUUUACUAAAGCAUGGGGAUGCAGUCAAAGACAUUGCUUUUCAAGUGGAAGACUGCGAUUUUUUGAUUAAGACAGCAAAGGAGAGAGGGGCAACAAUUGUGAAGGAGCCCUGGGUUGAGGAGGACAGUCAUGGCAAAGUCAAGUACGCUGUGGUUCAAACGUAUGGAGACACAACUCACACAUUUGUUGAGUACCUGGGACCAUACAAGGGUCUUUUCCUGCCUGGAUUCAAAGAGCCCCUGUUCAAGGAUCCCCUAUUACAAAAACUUCCCCCAGGGGGUUUGAGGUUUAUUGAUCACAUUGUGGGAAACCAGCCAGAUGACCAAAUGGUGCCAAUUUCAGACUGGUAUCAGAAGUGUUUGCUGUUCCACCGGUUUUGGUCCAUUGACGAUAAGCAGAUCCACACACAGUUCAGCGCUCUCAGGUCUAUAGUGGUGACAAACUAUGAAGAGACUAUCAAGAUGCCCAUUAAUGAACCAGCACAGGGGAAAAAGAAGUCACAAAUCCAGGAGUAUGUUGACUAUAAUGGAGGCCCUGGUGUGCAGCACAUUGCCCUCAACACAAGCAACAUUAUUGAAAGUAUCAUGAACCUGCGUGCCCGGGGGAUGGAGUUCCUUGCUGCACCUGACACGUACUAUGACACCCUACGGGAGAAACUCCGAACUGCCAAGAUCAAGGUGAAGGAGGACCUGAAAGUAUUACAGGAACUGAAAAUCCUUGUUGAUUUUGAUGACAAGGGAUACUUGCUUCAAAUCUUCUCCAAACCUGUCCAGGAUCGGCCCACCCUCUUCCUGGAGGUCAUUCAGCGGUACAACCACUAUGGCUUCGGAGCAGGAAAUUUCAAGUCGCUGUUUGAGGCCAUAGAGAAAGACCAGGACGCCAGAGGCAACCUGACUGCACUGACAGCAGACGGCCGGAGUAAUGCUUUUGACUGAGCACUAUACUACUACAACAACACCUACUACUACAACUACUAUUUCUACUACUACUGGGGGUGGGACAAAAAUAUUAUAUCACAAUUUUCUUGAAGACAGACCAAAAUUUAGAUUUUACACAAUUCGUGUAGUAGCUUUAUAAGUUGUAAAUAAAUGAAUCCGCUUGUUCUAA